UCUGUUCUACACUCAUCGCAGCUGCCUACUCUCUCAGCCAUGAUUGCCAGACAGCAAAGCGUCCGAGGAGUCUCUCGGGGCUUUAGCGGUGGCUCAGCCAUUGCCGGUGGGGUCAAGCGGGUGGCCUUCAGCUCGGCCUCCAUGUCUGGAGGUGCAGGUCGAUGCUCGUCUGGGGGCUUUGGCAGCAGGAGUCUCUACAACCUUGGGGGUCACAAGAGUAUCUCCAUGAGCGUGGCUGGGUCCUGCCAAGGCGGAGGCUAUGGUGGUGCUGGAGGCUUCGGUGUUGGAGGUUUCGGUGCCGGGUUUGGUGCUGGUGGCUUUGGCGGUGGUUUUGGAGGUUCCUUCAAUGGUCGAGGUGGUCCUGGCUUCCCUGCCUGUCCUGCUGGAGGUAUUCAGGAAGUCACCAUCAACCAGAGCCUGCUGACACCUCUUCAGGUGGAGAUUGACCCAGAGAUCCAGAAAGUCCGCAUGGCAGAGCGUGAGCAGAUCAAGACCCUCAACAACAAGUUUGCUUCCUUCAUUGACAAGGUGCGAUUUUUAGAGCAGCAGAACAAGGUCCUGGAGACCAAAUGGAACCUCCUCCAGCAGCAGACAACCAUCACAUCCCCAAGGAACCUGGAUUCUUUCUUUGAGACCUACAUCAAUGCUCUGAGGAAACAUCUGGACUCUUUGACCAAUGACAAAGGGCGCCUACAGUCAGAACUGAAGCUCAUGCAGGACAGUGUGGAGGACUUCAAGGCCAAGUAUGAAGAUGAGAUCAACAAGCGUACAGCUGCAGAGAACGACUUUGUGGUCCUCAAGAAAGAUGUGGAUGCUGCCUACAUGAUCAAGGUUGAUUUAGAGGCCAAGGUGGACAGCCUUAAGGAUGAGAUCAACUUCUUGAGAGUCCUUUAUGAAGCGGAGCUGUCCCAGAUGCAGACACAUGUCUCAGACACAUCCGUGGUGCUGUCCAUGGAUAACAACCGGAAUCUGGACCUGGAUGGCAUCAUUGCUGAGGUCCGAGCCCAGUAUGAGGAGAUUGCCCAGAGGAGCAAGGCUGAGGUCGAGUCCUGGUACCAGACCAAGGUCCAGCAGCUCCAGAUCUCAGCUGACCAACAAGGGGAUAGCCUGAGGACCACCAAGAAUGAGAUCUCAGAACUCAACAGGAUGAUCCAGAGGCUGAGGGCAGAGAUCGAGAACAUCAAGAAGCAGUGCCAGACUCUGCAGGCAUCUGUGGCAGAUGCAGAGCAGCGUGGGGAGCUGGCCCUCAAAGACGCCUACAGCAAACGCACAGAGCUGGAAGCCGCCCUGCAGAAGGCCAAGGAAGACCUGGCCCGGCUGCUGCGUGACUACCAGGCUCUCAUGAACGUCAAGCUGGCCCUGGAUGUGGAGAUCGCCACCUACCGCAAGCUGCUGGAGGGCGAGGAGUGCAGGAUGUCUGGAGAAUGCCAGAGUGCCGUGAGCAUCUCGGUAGUUGGUGGCAGUGCCAGCAUUGGCGGUAGUGCUGGCAUUGGCGGCAGUGCUGGCAUCGGCCUUGGCCUGGGGAGUGGUUUUGGCUCCGGUUCCGGUUCCGGAAGUGGCUUUGGAUUUGGUGGUGGCGUCUAUGGAAGUUCUGGUACCAAGAUUACCUCUUCCACCACUGUGACCAAGAGAUCCCAGAGAUAG